GUGGGCGUGGCCUCCGCGAGCUCCCCACUCUUCUCCCUUGCCCGCCGCGCUGCUGGACUCACUCGAUCGUGCUCCGCGCCCGCCGCCACUAUGAUGUGCGGAGGCCCCUCUUCCACGAAGCCCGCCACCGCCGAGACCCAGGCCAUCGCCGACCAGGUGAGGGCCCAGCUGGAGGAGAAGGAGAACCGGAAGUUCAGCACCUUCAAGGCUGUGGAGUACAAGACCCAGGUGGUGGCUGGACGGAACCUUUUCAUCAAGGCGAGUCCUGGGGACGACGAGUUCACACACCUUCGUGUGUUCGAGAGCCUCCCGCACGAAAACAAGCCCUUGGCCCUGCACAACUACCAGAUGAACAAAGCCAGACAGGACGAGCUGACUUACUUCUAGGACCCUGGCUGGACCCUGCCCGCCUGCCUGCUCUGCCCAGCUCUGCCCUGAACCCAAGUCCCCGUGUGACCUGCUUCAG